ACGGAGAAACGGCGCGGAUCAUCGGUGGUGGCUCAGGCUGGCUCAGCUCGUGGCUCGUCUCUGGCGCCUCUCCUCUCCCUUUUAGUCCUCUACUACCUCUCCCUUUAAUCCCCUUUCUCCCCAAUCCUCUUCACAAUGCCGAGCGACAUUCUCAAGAAGAGAAAAAUCGCCGUCCUCGGUUCCCGUUCAGUCGGGAAAUCGUCGCUUGUUUUUCAAUUCAUCGACAACCAAUUCGUCGAGUCGUACUACCCUACCAUCGAAAGCACCUUCUCCAAGAGCAUUAACUACAAGGGCAUCGAGUACGACUGUGACAUCAUCGACACCGCUGGCCAGGACGAAUACUCCAUACUCAACUCGAAACACGCUAUAGGCAUCCACGGGUUCGUCCUCGUGUACUCCGUCACCUCCCGCAACUCCUUCGACAUGGUGCGCAUCAUCUACGACAAGAUCACCGAAUUCAGCGGCCAGAACACCAUCCCGUGCGUCAUGGUCGGCGCGAAGAUGGACCUCCAGCAGAGACAGGUAGCACCCGAGGAGGGCGAAGAGCUCGCACAGAGCCACCACUCAGCGUGGAUCGAAACAAGUGCGAAGACCAACAAGAAUGUUGCCGAGGUAUUCCAACUCGUCCUCGGAGAGAUCGAGAAAGCAACACCAAAUAGCAAGACAGUGGAGCCUCCAGCGAGCAGAUGCUUUAUUAUGUGAUGUGCCCUCUAGACGUUCUGUUUUCUUCCCUGGCAUCUUGCAUUGGCUCAUAGAACAUUCGCAAUCCCCUGUCCUUGCGCACCCACCAUCCCCUGCAUUGUCUCCGCCUGUCCUGCUGCCCUCGAUGUUGUCUCCCCUCACCCGCUCUCCCCGCGGCGACGUCUGUCCUCCCACCAAUCGCAGCCCCCCACGACGCCCGCUGCCCGCCUCGUUCCCUCCCAGGUUUCUUGUAUAUUGGACUGUCGGAUUCUGCCUUCUGUUCCAGCCGCGUGCCUAUGCCUUUAUCCUUACAGUUCCUAUGUAAAAGCCUGUAUGAUUGUUGUUGUCGCGCACCGCCCCUCGUGGGGCCCCUAUUAUGUACACCCUCUCGCCGAGAUCCUAAUAGCAUAUACUGCUCCCCCCGAU